AUGGCCUUCUCGAGGGCGCCCAGAUUCACGCCCACGCGUGAGUCCCUGCCAGGGCCGGCAACGUACCGGAUUCAGAGAUUGUUCGACUCGUCAACGAUACGCCCGAUACGUCGGGAAGCUCAGAAACAACCUGCCAUUCCGAAAGAAGCAGCGGGCCCUGUUCUACUUGGACGAAGCAGGCCACCGGUUGGCAAAGGGGAGGGCAAGGAGAAGCGAGAGCAUGAAAAGCUACUGCCAGCAGUGGCAGGGCCUCUGAUGGAGGAGCCCUGUUGGCUGGAUGUGGCGCGCGUGGAGGGCCCGCUCCGUAAGAACGCUAGAGCUGUCACUGGAGCUUUGUUUUUGGCCUACGUCGUCAAGACUGGCCAAAAGUUCGUUCUCAAGAAGAAGGCAAGUGACGAGCAUGGGGAGCCAGACGCAGUGUUUCUUCGAGAGGCUGAAUUUAUGAAUGCCCACAAGCAUCCGAAUAUUGCGAAUAUCUUGUUUGUAUCGUCUUCCCCGACAACCGUCAUCGCCGUGGAGCUGCUUGGCCCGCCCCUUUCCACGACGCAACAGCACAUCAACCGUGUUGGGCUCAAGGAGACUUGCCACUGA